AUGUCCCACCCAAAGCACAAGAAGCAAACAGAAAAAUCCGACAGGUCGGAGUUCUUCGCGACCCGAGCCUCGACGCCGAAAGCUACAGGCCUGCUGGACCAGGCCCAAGAUGGCGACGGCAGGAACGACACACUGCCGCUAAGGACGCCCACGGGCUCCCACAACCUGCCAGUCACGCAAGACUUUCUGCAGACAUGCUUGGAGGAUAUGUCCAGCAAAAUCCUGGCGUCUAUCCAAAGCACUCUGAGGGAACUCAGCAAAGACGUGCAGGAGCUGGGGGACAGGACCGCACGGGUGGAACA